AUGGGUUAUUCUUCUACAAACAUACACUUUGACUAUGAUGGACAAUAUGCGAAAUCAGGAGAUGAUUAUGAAUGGAUUCCAAGCGAUGGUCGUUUGUAUGGUAUAUCCUUUAAGACAUCAUCAUUGGAUGAGAUCACUUAUUCCUGUUUGAAGGAGAGGAUAUGCAAGAAGAAGAGGAUAGAUCCGUGUUUAAAGAGGAUGAAUCUGAGUUACAUUCCACUGGUAGUAGAACCUAAGAGGCAAUCAUAUAUUUUGGAUGAUGAAGAUGUGUAUGUGUAUCUGACAUCAGUGGAUAAAGAGGGAAGAAGAAGUAUUUUGCAUGUAGAGGUCAUCGAAGAAAUGGAGCAACAAUCAGUAGUUGAGAAAGAAAGCUCAUAUGGUGGGAACUAUAGUGAGCUUGCGAGUGGAUUACCCGAAGUUGAAGGUAAUCCGGGUGCACUCACUCUAGUUCCUCGCAUUGAAGAAGCAGAACUAUAUCUGCCGGGGGCUGAACGGGUGGAGAAUGUUGUUAUAAAUGGAAAAGCCGAGGAAAGGGGCAUUAAUGUUGUUAAUGGAGAAGCCGAAGAAAGGGCCGGGGAAGGGGGCGUGAAUAGUGAGGGCGACGUGGAUAACUCUAUGGGUGUUCGUCCUAGUUCGUACUAUGUUGAGCUCCCACGUGUUGCAAAAGAAAAACCAGUGGUUAAAGAGUGGGAAGAUGGUUUGGGUCUUCAGUUGUUUCAAGAAUUUGAGAGUAAAGAAGCUGUGAAAGAUAUUAUUGAUAGAGCAUCACAAGAGAACUGUUUCGGAAUCAGUAUUUGCAACUCGGACAGGGGUCGAUAUGUGGUAAAAUGUCGGGGAGCAGAUGAAGGUUGUAAAUGGAGUGUGAGAGCAACAAAGAUAGAUAAAUCUGAAGCGUUCUCGAUUAGAACAUACAUGAAUAUGCAUUCAUGCUCUCGCGUAACUUCAAGUACUGGAAAGAAAAUGAAAGUUACACCAAGAUGUGUUGCAGCUAUAGUGCACAAGGAUUAUCCGGGACUAUAUGAGACACCAACAGCGAAAAUCCUGGUCGGUCUGGUGCAAAGGAAACUGGGUGUGGAAGUGUCGUAUACGACAUGUUUGAGAGGAAAAAAACAAGCUGUUGCGGAUAUUCGUGGUGAUCCGGAGAAGGGAUAUAUAAUAUUGUCUGCUUAUUUGUAUAUGUUAGAGAAGGCGAACCCGGAUACAAAAACAAGUUUGGUAGUGGAUAAAAACAACCGGUUCAGAUACCUAUUUGUUGCGUUGGGAGCCUCCAUUGAAGGGUUUGAAUACAUGAGGAAAGUCAUCACUGUGGAUGCAACUUUCCCGAAGACUGUUGAAGGUGGUUGUUUAAUUAUUGCCACGGCUCAGGAUCCAAACCUUCACCAUUAUCCAAUAGCUUUUGCUGUGGUUGAUGGGGAGAAAAACGAAAGCUGGAAGUGGUUUUUCACGACGCUGAAAACUGUUAUACCGGAUUCGACGGAAUUGGUGUUUGUUUCAGACAGAAAUCCAAGUCUGAUAAAAGCUGUUGGUGAAGUGUAUCCGAUGUCUAAACAUGGGUAUUGUAUCUGGCAUCUAUCGCACAAUGUGAAAGCUCAUGUCAAUCAAGGCAGGGACGAGCAUGAGUUUAAAAAGCAGUAUGACGAUUCUAGGGAGAGGUAUCCAUCAUGUGCUAGGUAUCUUGAUAAAAGUGUCGAAGUCAAACGGUGGGCGAAGUGUCAUUUCCCCGGUGCUAGGUACAACAUAGACACCUCUAAUUGUGCGGAGUCUUUGAAUGCGCUAUUUGAAAAGGCGCAAAGGAUGUCUUUAUUGCCUAUGCUUGAUACAGUUAUUGAUAAAAUGUCUGAGUGGUUCAACAGACAUAGGAAGGAUGCAGCAGAAGGACCGUCAUCUCGAAAAUUGGUUCCUUUGGUGGAGAACAAAUUGCAUAAGAGAACACCGAAAGGUUCAAAACUUUCAGUGACUGUAUUGAACAGUUUUCAGCUUGAAUACAGUGUUAUUGGAGAAGACGGGAAGACUUAUUCUGUGGAUUUGCAACAGAAGACGUGCAGUUGCAGGAAGUUUGAUAUAGAUAAAUACCCAUGUAGACAUGCAAUAAGAGCUAUCAUUAAGUGUUUGCAGCAUGAUAAACCAUUACAGUUGAGUGACAUGUACGAUUUCAUCUCGAAUUAUUACUUCAUUACAACAUGGGCGAAAGCGUAUCGAAGGACUAUAUAUCCAGUCCCUCAUAUAACUCAUUGGCUGGUUCCAAAAGAAGUCGCGGCGGCGAAGUGUCCUCUACCUCCAGACUACAAGAAAAAAAAAAGGAAGACAUCAGGAAAAAAGGCAUCCUUCGGCGGGAGAAAGUCGGUCCCGUCCCCGUCCUAA